AUGGUGUUGGACGGCGCGGGACACGCCCUAAGCUUGGCUUUUGUAGGAGGAAUUCCGACCUCGAAGAGACGCGCGGCAGUGCGCCCGGGGUCCCGUCCUCGAGGGUCACCGCCCUUCUGGAGUAACUUCCCGUGCACUUGGCGAUGGGGGAGCGCGCGGAUGCGCUUGGCGCCUCGGCAGCUUGGGCGUAGCUUUUUGCGCAUGGAGGUUUCACCUGAGGUUCGCGAGCGAGUCCAGGCGCAUGAGGUUUUCAUGCCGGCGCUGAGCUCGACAAUGACCGAGGGGAAAGUUGUUCAGUGGUUGAAGAAAGUCGGCGACCGCAUCGAGAAGGGUGACGUAAUCCUGGUAGUCGAGUCGGACAAGGCGGACAUGGAUGUCGAGGCAUUCGACGAAGGCUAUCUGGCGCAUAUACUAACAAAAGAGGGCGAAACAGCCGUCGUAGGGGCGACGAUAGGCCUGAUCGCCAAAAACGUUGAAGAUAUCGAAGCGAUUCAGGCCUGUGGACUGGAUUGCAUUGUGGAUGGCAGCGGGUCGCGGCACGAUGGAACAACGGCGGUGGAACCUGGCGAUGCAGCACCUGCUCCGUCCACGCACCAGAGAGAGUCUGCUGCUGAGCGGUCCGCAGCCUUCGGGGGACGAGACGCCAUAGUGACUGCACCUGCAGCGGCCGCUCCACUGGUGCCGAAACCGGCCGGCACAGUUGAGGUCUUCUUGCCAGCGCUUAGUUCGACCAUGACAGAAGGCAAGAUCGUAGAAUGGACCAAGAACAUUGGCGAUGAGGUGAAGAGCGGCGACGUCAUCAUGGUUGUCGAGUCGGACAAGGCAGACAUGGACGUAGAAUCUUUUGAGACAGGGUUUCUCGCGCACAUUGAACUUGAAGCUGGCAUCUCAGCACCGGUUGGUGCGGUUGCCGGAUACCUUGCUCGCGACAAGGCAUCAGUGCCUCUCGUGCAGGCCUGGGCAAAGAGCGCUGCUCGUGAGCUGGACCAGGCUCCGGGCGAGUCAUCGGCCGCAGUGCGCUCUACAGCGCCCGGGUCCGAAUCAGCGCCUGUGACGACACCAGAACAUGUUGCUAUAUCGACGCCGACCCCGACGCCGACGAGCACAGAAAUUCAGGAAGAUGAUCUGGCACCUGGCGGGGAAUCCAUGACAGCUCCAACGGGGAGAGUCAUUGCGUCGCCGUAUGCCAAGCGGCUCGCGAAAGAGAACAAAAUUGACCUGCGUACCCUGCGCGGAAGGGGUCCUGGCGGCCGCAUAUUGGCUGCUGAUGUCCAAGCGGCCAUGCUAGCCCGCUCUGCAGCACAGACGCCCUCGGUAGCCUCCGAGAAGCCACUGCAGGCUUCUGCAGUGAGUGGCCGCAUGAUAGCGACUCCUGGGGCGAAGAAGCUUGCCAAGUCACGGGGCGUAGAUCUUGCCAAAGUUCGGGGCACUGGUCCAUACGGCCGCAUCACUGAGGCCGACGUGAAGCGCGCCCUAGGUGAAGCGUCCAGCGACUCGCAAACAAGUGCACCAACGGCGUCCGCGGAAGCAGCGGUAACAUCGGAGAGGCGCUCCACCGGGAGCGAUGCGGGUGCAGAGACUGAGCGGAAAGCGCGGCGCGGAGCAUCAUCCGCUGAUGCUGCACCAGCCACAGAGAAGGCGGCCUUGUCGGGACCUGUGCCAAUGAGCACCAUGCAGAAAGCCGUGGUGAACAACAUGAAUGCGUCACUGCAGGUGCCGGUGUUCCGUGUUUCGUACAGCAUCACAACAGAUGCGGUGGACGCACUCCUGUCCAAACUCAAAUCCAAAGGCGUUACCAUGACGACGCUACUGGCUAAGGCGCUCGGGCUUACCUUGAGGAAGCAUCCACUACUGAACGCACGGUUUGAAGAGCCGUACACCAUCGUGUAUCAACCGGGAGCGAAUAUCGCAGUGGCGGUUGCGCUGCCCGACGGCGGCCUGAUUACACCCGUUUUGCGUGAUUGCGCGGAUACGGAUAUCUAUGAACUGAGUCGCCGAUGGCGGAGCCUUGUUCGCUUGGCGCUGGAGAAAAAGCUCAAACCAGAGGAUUAUCAGUCUGGAACGUUUUCGUUGAGCAAUCUUGGCAUGUUCGGCGUCAGUUCCUUCGAUGCAAUCUUGCCGAAAGGCACCGGCGCCAUCCUUGCUGUAGCAGCGAGCCAGCCGCAGGUCCGACUCCAAUCGAACGGGCUUAUAGGUGUCUCGAAAGUCAUGCAGGUCACGAUUACCUGCGACCAUCGCCAUAUCUAUGGUGCGCAAGCUGCGGAGUUCCUGCGUGAUCUAGCAGACUUGCUCGAGAAGCGCGUCGAAGAGCUGCUCUUGUAG